AUGUCUCUACGUCGCUCUCUGCGAGCCCGCACCGUGCGGGAUGAACCAUCACCAAUGGAUUCUAACCCCAUUGUCAGAUCUUCUACUCGAUUGACUCGUGCCAUCGCCUCGUCAUCCGUGACGAUUGAGCGAUCCUCGUCCGGUUCACCUGACGACUCCAAAAGAUCGCUUUAUUUGACACUGAAAAUGCCGUCCAAUAAGCUGCGCGAAGCAACCAGCGGGAGCACCCGGAGUGGGCGCCGCACCGUCAACGUCUUCACAGAGAAUCCCAUCGUCACGGGGCCUCGCACAAGUCGGCCCCGCAAGCGGCUGGUCGAAGUCAACACCAGCGACGAGGAGGACCUGGAAGACCAGGAGGAAGAUGAGGUCGACGAGGAAGACGCCCCCGGGGAAGACGACGAGGAGGUCGAUGCUGAUGGGGAUCUCGAUAUGGACGAUGCCCCGCCCCAGCCGCCGCCCAAGCGAGCCGCCAAGGCUGCGGCGGCGAAUGCGAAAUCGGUGAAGAGCGUCGAGGCGAAGGAGAUGGAGCUCGAAGAGGACGAAGACGAGGACGACGAGGAACUUUCCGAACCAGACUCCGACGCGGAGGGCGAGCCUGAUGAAGAAAGCGGGAUCGUCACUCUUCCGAUGGAACCCCAGGUGAAGAAGCAUCUUACAGCGGAGGAGCGUGCCAUGCGCCGUGCGGAGAUGGCCCGCCGGCGGAAGAACCUCAGUGAGAAGCGGAACGAGGAAGAAAAGAUGGAUACGAUCAACCGACUGCUGCGAAAGCAAGCGCCGAAGCGCCGUGGUCGUAUCCCCGCGGCCGAAGCAGCCGAAAACGCCUCCGCCGAUCAGGAAAUGCAGGAAGUUGAGCGACCGGACCCGAUCAUGGUCAGAUGGGUUACGGGCCGUGAGGGCAGCAAGGUGGGCGUGCCAGAGGAAUGGUUCGGUACGCCAGCGGGUCGAGUGUUUGGAGAAGCGCCAUUAAGAAAUGGCGGAUCUACGAAGCUUGUGGAAGAAGAACAGGGCGCAUUCGGAACCAUAAACGUUGACUAUUUCUUUGGUCGAUAUAGUUCUUAUGAAUGA